AUGCACCACGCUGCCGCCAUGGUUUUCCAGGAGAACAACAAGAGAUCGCUGUUCCUGGGAUCGUUUGUCCAAGUCGGAGCCGGCAUAGAGAGAUUGAUGAUCCAGAAUAGCGACGGGGCCGGCGAAGACGAGUCUAUGGAAAUAUUCGAUCUUGCAGGUAACCAACACAGUGAUAACAUGCCCAGCGAAACCGUCAAGCAGAUGUACAACGCGUCUGCUGAAGAAAUCAGGAAUACCACUCCAAAAUAUAUAUCAUGCUGUAUGAAAUUUGUGAUAAAGGAACAUGUAGAAAUGAUUCCGGACAUACUCACUGUGAUAGAAAAAAUGACAAAAGACGAAGACAAGCUGAUGCGGUUCGACACUGUCUGUACUGUUGGUUAUUUAUGCACGGUUUUUCACCAACACGAGGACCUCAGAUCUUACAUACAUUCUUUCUUACUCCCAGCUAUUAUCAAAGCAUUAUCUGAUCCAGCAGAACAGGUAAUAAUGCGUGCUCAGAUGGUUCUCACUUACAUUAUAAGUAAAGGUGUGAUCAACAGCAAGACCAUUGAAGACAUUGUGUGUCCAGCACUUAUAUUAGCAGCCAAUUCCACAGAUGAUCUCCAUGUACAAAAUAACAUUGUUACGUUAGUAGGAAAAAUUGUUCUGAAAAUAAAUGACAAUGUCCUGUGCAAAACUGUAUUGCCAUUCUUAAUCAACAAAAGCCAUAGUGAUUGUAUAUAUGUCAGACUCGCGGCUUUAUUGAGUUUUCCUGAACUUGGCCAUGCAUUGGAUAUAGACCAUAAAAUCAAAGUAUUGUUGCCUCGUUAUUUCGAAAUGUGUAAUGAUCGUGUGGGCACUAUUCGGAAAACAUGUGCUGAUAUUAUUACUCCAUUAUCAGUAUGUUGCGAUGAUGCUUUGAGGCAAGGGCCAAUUACUGAUGCAGCUGGACGAUUACUUAGUGACAGUUGUAAAUUUGUGCGGCAGACAGCUUUAGAAAACUUAGGUCCAUUGAUCACUACAUAUGCAAGUCCUGCUGUUACAUCAUUGGUCACUACACGCACUUUAAUUCUGAUGAUGGUCAGCAAUUUCACUGAUGAUUUACAUUAUAUUACUAUGAAAUGUCAAACAAGUCAAGAAUAUUUUAAAGCUACAGAAUUGUUAAUGGAUCGAGAAAAACCCUGGUCAAAUGAAACGACAAUGAAAAAUGAUAAUAAAUUUUGGGUUGCUGAUUAUAAUGUUAAGACUGAAUCUGAAGAAUUAUAUAGCACUUUUGCAUAUUGGAGAGAACCCAUCUGUGAUACAAAAUCAUCUUUUAGUUUUGAAAAUGAUUGUGAUGAUAGGGAAUCUGAGGUUGAACGACUUCAAACCAUGAUACCAAAUAAGUUAUGGUAUGUGCCAAUGAAUAACAAUUCUAAUUUAAAUUGCACUGAAAUGAAAAAAUCUGAGUUUGAAGUAAAACCGAUUUUAGAGGAAGGCAAUGCAGAUUCUAAACCUUCAGCUACUGAACAUAAUGGCCGUGAUCUUGUUGUACCUGCAUUACUGCUUGAUCAUUAUGCUGACAUGGCUGGUGCAUUUGACGACAGCGAUCUUGCAUCUCAAUGUGCAUGUAUGUUACCCGCCGUGCUUGUUACUAUAGGUCCUACCCACUGGCCAUUGCUCCGACAUACUUACUAUGUUUUAGCUUCACACAGAUCUUGGAAAGUUAGAAGAAAGGCUGCAUCUUAUAUACAUAAAUUGGCCAUUUACAUUGGUGAAGAAGCUACAUCCAGAGAUCUCUUACCAAUAUUUGAGUCUCUUGUAUUAGAUUUAGACGAAGUACGAUCUGGUGCUAUAGACAAUUUUGCUGCUUUUCUUAAGAUGUUAUCAGUCACUGUACGUAGUGAUUUGGCGCCUAUGAUGUGCCGUUUUUUGAAAACUGAUUAUGAAUGGAACUGGCGUUUCCGACAAAAUUUCUGCGAACAAUUAGCGGAGUCUUUACACUUAUUUACACCACUCGAUAUGUAUCAUCAUAUACAUGAGGUGUGUUUGUCCCUACUCAUGGACAGAAUAUCAUCUGUGCGUCAGUCUGCUUUAUCGCUGGUUCCUGAAUUAUUGGUGGUACUUAAUAAAAAUCUAAGUCUAAAACGAUUGAUGUUGAAUGAACUAGUUACACGUUUUGGACGAGCAGACUUGUGGAGUAGACGACAAAUGUUUGCCCAAAUAUGCUCUUACAUAUUGAACUAUGGUGACCGGUGUCUAUCUACGGUAGAUUUCAAUAAUGAAUUAAUGCCUUGUUUGCUAAACUUGGGUUCUGACCGUGUACCAAAUGUUCGAUUAAUGGUAGCCAAGACUCUAUAUACACAAGUUGCUAACAACUCGGUGUUUAUGGAUUUACAAAAUCCUCAACAUAAUGUACUUACUGAAACCUUGACAAGGUUAAGAAGAGAUGAGGACCGGGAUGUUCGUUACUUUGCUGAUAGCAACCGGGGCUUUGGUAUUAGUGCCAAUUAG